GUUCCAGAUUGAAAGAAACCUUGAACGAAUAAAAGAUUCAUUAGAAAGAGCAAAAGAAGAAUACUGAUCAGAUCAUUUCACAUUGGUGACAAAAUUAGCAUUUCCCUGGUUUAACAUUCAUGCAUUUACUCUCUUUCUGUUCAUUUCCAACUAAGUCUGGGAAUCAAACGCGCCUUGUUCAGUUUGUUAAUUUUCUACACAGGCGCUGGUCGUAUUUUUUAGCCGAUCAUAUCACUGGCGCAAUUGUUAUUUCCGUUUUAAUAUCUGUUAUAUGCACCGCCAAAGUUAUCACUACACCUUAUGAAAAUGAUCUGAUGGGUUUCGUACCGUAUGGGGCACGAUCGCGUGAAGAAUAUGCAAUACAGGAAGAAUUUACAAAUCAUAAAGGGAAAGGAAUUCUUCUCAUGGCUCUUAUCGUUGCUAAAGAUAGUGGUUCAGUGCUGAGAGCGGAAAUACUGAAAGAAGCUGCUGAAGUGGAUGAAUUGAUUUCGAAUAAUUUUACAAUACACAAUCAUAUUCUUAAUAAGGAAGAGUCUUUUAAUGAAUUUUGUCGCAGUUUCUGUUUGCUUAAUCUUCCACUGCAGCAAUUUCAUAAUGGUUUUGAAGUGCAAUUGGAACAAUUUCGUGCUCAUCAGCCAUUAAACGAUCGAAUUUCUUUGAAUUAUCCCAGUUCCGUAAUGUACGGACGAGCUUUCAACAUACAGAUGAAUUUCAAUGGAAUACAAUUAAAAAACGAUACUCUAACAGUGGACAAUAAAAUGAAUAGUUCUGUUACGGAAGAAAUUAAUUAUGCUCCUUUUAUCACAAAUAUGAUAUCGGCAAAGAUGAUCAGACUUAUGUAUCGUGGAGAACGAGUGGGUGAUUGGACAGUUAAGCAAACACAACUGUACGAAUUGGGUAUCGUCCAUUAUUUCCAACACGACUACAAGGCAAAACACGUUCGUGUAUUGAUGGUAUCGUUUGAUUACAUUGAUUAUGAGAUAUCCCGUGCCGGUCUAAGUAUAUUACCGUAUUUGGUUAUUGGUUUUGGUAUUACAUUCAUUUGCUCAACAAUGUCAACGAUAAUCAGCGCAAUAUAUAUGCAACAAAUGAGCAUUUAUAAAAUCUACUUGGCUCUCUUCGCCUGUAUUUGUCCUCUAAUGGCUAAUGCAACAGCCAUCGGAUUACUGUUAACCAGUGGGGUACGGUAUGAUGCCAUUUUAUCUGUAACACCAAUUCUUACUCUUGCCAUCGGUGUUGACGAUGCCUAUUUGAUGAUACACGCAUGGCAGCGUGUCACCAGAGAAUGUAAUCUACAUCCUGUCAAGGACGAUUGCGUCCCAUAUCGUCUCGCACUGGUAUUAGAAGAAACUGGACCUGCAAUCCUAAUAUCAGCCUUGACGAAUAUUCUGGCUGAUGCAGUUGGCUCCAUUACUGGUUCGCCUUCCAUAACAGUACUAUGUUUUGGAAAUAUGUCAUCCGUUUUCAUGGAUUACGUUUAUCAAUUAACAUUUUAUUCGGCAAUAAUGUGUAUUGCUGGACAUUUUGAAAUAAAAAUAGCUGCCGAACAACAAAAUACUCAUUCAAUCAAAAUUGACAACGAGAAAAAAGGCACAAUAAUAAAUUAUUGCGGAAAGAACUCACAAGAUUUCCGUGAACAUGCGAAGAAUAUCUACACGUCUAUACUUGAAGACUAUGUCACAUUGGUCACCAAUAAAGUUUUUGCCAUUGGUGUAUUUUGCUCAUGGGUUCUUCUAAUUAUAAUCUCAAUUUUUGGGAUAACUCAAACCAAAAUUGAAUUAACAUCGGAAAAAUUAUUCCCAUUGGAUUCACCACUUAUUGAGUUGAACAAUCUGUUGCAAUCGUAUCAGAUACCCGAGCAUACUGUAGCACAGUUUUAUGUGAACAAUCCUGGAAAUCUGUCAGAUGUUUAUCGUUUGCAACGUCUCAAUCAAAUGGUUUCUGAAUUGGAACAUAUGAAUGGUUCUUGGGGUGCAAAGAGUACCAAUUAUUUCAUUCGUGAUUUCAUUGAUUACGAAAAACAGUUGAAUGAGGCGGAUGACAACUAUGAUUCAAUAAAUGGCUCCAUUAUACUUAAAGAAGAGGAUUUGCCGAUAUUUUUAGACUGGCCUGAAUAUCAGAGUUGGCGCGGUUUUUUGAUUCUCGACAAAGCAACUGGUCACUUGCUAAGAUUCUUCUUUACAACCGCCUAUUAUGGUGAAAAUUUGAAGGAUUGGCCGCAGAGGGGUGUAUUGCUGAAUAAAUGGCGCAACAUUAUAGAUAAAUACAGGGAAUUCAACGUGACAGUUUUCAUGGACGAUGCAAUGUUCCUGGACUUAAUUGAUAAUAUGGCAACAGAUGCAUGGCAAUCAGCGCUUGGCAUAUUAGUUUGCAUGGCAUUCAUUUCUUUUAUCUUUUUGUACGAUAUAUUCACAGUGGCUGUCGUAUCGGCUGCUAUCCUUUCCAUUAUGACUAGUAUAGUUGGAAUAGUGACUCUAAUGGGCCUUAAUUUGGAACCGAUCAUGAUGGCUGCGUUGUUAAUUUCAAUGGGUUUUAGCGUUGACAUACCUGCUCAUGUGGCUUAUCAUUACAAUGAUAAUGGAAAAAUUACCAACCACCAAUUAACAGUAAAGGAGAAGCUGCGGAUAUGUUUUGCAUCGGUUGCACUUCCUGCAUUGCAAGCAUCGAUAAGCACAAGUUUAUGCUUGCUUGGUCUUUUUUUAAAAGAGCUAUAUAUAGCACAGGUGUUUGUGAAAACGAUGUUGCUGUGUAUUUUUCUAUGCGUUUCUCACGGUUUACUUAUCAUUCCAUGUAUAUUUGUACUCACCGAUCUACUAAUGCAGUUCUGUCGAAGGUUACGAAGACAUGAGAUUGUCUCUCCUGUUACUUUCUCCUCAUGAUAUCAACUUUAUCGCUAAUUAAUUUGCUAGUUAUUUCAAGUGUUUGGAAAAAAAUUACUUGAGGAAAACAUUUACUGACUUUUUUGAUGACUUUGAAAUCAAAUGAUUUCAAAUUAAUUGUUAAUUUACAGAAUAAUCACAGAAAAGCGAC